CAAAUUAAAGCUCCUAAUUGAGGAAAAUUGCCCAAAUCAGUUAUUUGCAUGAUAGCAGCUGGCUGGGAAUUUCUCUGCAGCGGAAUGAGGAGCGGAGCUGGGUGUGGGUUGGUGGCACACUGGGCUGACAGCAAUGGGAUGAGUUUGCAAAGAUGCCCGCUGGGCACAGCAGUGCAUCCCCACUCACCUUCCCUACUCUGGGUUUUAAUACCCCAGCCCUGUGUGGGAGCCAUCCUUGCUGCUCUAACAAAAAUCAAUCAAAGGGUGACAGUUUCUCCUGUUGUGUGCUGACAGGAGAAGCAAACAGGUAAAGUGCAGUUAGAUGGUGAUGCAGCUCCUUGUCUUGCUGUGGUACCCUGAAAGGAGCAGCUCUCUGCCCCACGGGGUUGUGGGGACAGAACUCACUCUGCACAAACCAUGAGCCAUCAAUUAGACCUGGCUGCAAAAGCAGUGUGGUCCCUGCAUGGCUGCAGCUGUGCCCUGAAACAGGAGGGCUGUGCUUGGCCAUGCCUUCACCCCUCCUAUGGCCGCAUCCUGCAACACAGAGAGGGCUUUGGCAUAACCAUGGCAACUGCCAGGUAAGUAAUAGAUGGCACUCAGUGCCAUGGGAACCAAAGAGGAGUGAGCAGGGUGCUGGGCUCUGCACCUUCCUGGUGCCCCAGUGUGAGGUGUGUGGUCCCAUCUGUGUCACUGUGAGGGUGGCACUGGGUGCAGGUGAAGGUUGGGGCUGACACCAAUAGGAGCCCUGAGCAGUUCAUUCAGCACACAGCACAGACUUCUGAAGUCUUUGGAGUGGGUUUUUCUUCACUUAGUCGGACUCGAGAGCCAAACGACAGCUGAUACGGGGAGAAACGGUCAGAGCUGUGAGCUCUGUGUGGAGGAAGAGUGGGAGGCGAUGUGUGGAAAUAGCUCAGGAAAUUAAAGUUUGCCUGCGGUGUGGUUUGAGAUGAUUCAGUUGGGGGGGAAGCUGUGCUGUGCUGGGGAUUCUCUCCCCAUGGGCAGAGCCGGCGCCGGUGAGUUCCCUCCUUCCCUCCCCUCCCCGUUCCUCUCUUUCCCUUUGCAGCUGAUUGAACGAAAGUCCGGAGUGGCUUCGGGGAGGAUGGCGGGUUACCCUCAGUGCAGCCUCUCGGAUCGCAGCAGAGGAGCGGUGCAGCCCGGCUGCUGCCAGCCCUGACGUUUGGAUUGCCUGGCUAAUCUCGUUACGGGGACGGAUGAGCGGAGUGCAGGCGCGCAGGGCUGCAACAGUGCAAAAGUAGCAGAGCAUCCUUAUUCGUUUACCCAUUAACGUCCUUUGUGAUUUCCAGAAGCAUUAGGAGCUCCUUUCUGGCGGAGCUGCGAUUCCCUCCUGCAGUGCCGCCGGAGUGCUCCGUGUUCUGCUGCUGAGCCCGGGCUGAGGUGAGUGCAUCCCUCCCAGCUUUGGGGCCAAGAGCUCCUCUUUCUCCUUUCUCUUCCCUCCGUGGAGCUGUUCCACUUUGUGCUGCCAUCCCUGAGGGGCUGCUUGCUGGCACUGCCUCUCUUCUGACCCCCUUGCACACCAUUCCCUUGCCAGCAGGCUGCAGUGGAGAACUCAGGCUCAGGGCAUGUCCAUCGGAGCCACCUGAGCCAUUGGGUUUUGGGGUCCUGGGAUAUCCUACAGCCACCCCAAAGAGGCCAUGGAGCCCGGUGGCGAUGGUGCCAAUGCCAGCUCCUCUGGGCUGGCCCUGCAGAGCCGCCCCAACGGCAGCACACAGUUCACUGGGGUUCAGCUCAUCCAGUCCUUCAAGCCCCUCAUCAUCCCCUGCUAUGCCCUGGUGGUCCUGAUCGGCAUCUUCGGCAACUACCUGCUGCUCUACGUCAUCUGCAAGAGCAAGAAGAUGCACAACGUCACCAAUUUCUUCAUUGGGAACCUGGCCUUCUCGGACAUGUUGAUGUGUGCCACCUGCGUGCCCUUCACCCUGGCGUACGCCUUCAAUCCGCAGGGAUGGAUUUUUGGGAAGUUCCUGUGCUACUUUGUGUUCCUGAUGCAGCCCAUGACAGUCUAUGUCUCUGUGUUCACACUCACGGCCAUCGCAGUUGAUAGGUACUAUGCCACUGUGCACCCCCUGAAGAAGCGCCUGUCGCUCACCAGCUGCAUCUACGUGGUGGGGGCCAUCUGGCUGCUGUCCUGUGCUCUGGUGGCCCCUGCUGUGGCCCACACGUACCACGUGGAGUUCCAGCAGCAGGGCUUUGCCAUCUGCGAGGAGUUCUGGAUGGAGCAGGAGGAGCAGCGCCUGGCCUACGCCUACAGCACGCUGAUUGUCACCUACAUCCUGCCUCUCUCUGCUGUCUCUCUGUCUUACCUCUGCAUCUCCGUGAAGCUGCGGAACCGCGUGGUGCCCGGGCAUCCCACGCAGAGCCAAGCUCAGUCUGACCGCUUGAGGAAGAGGAAGAUUUUCCGCCUCAUCGUGCUGGUGGUGGCUGCUUUCGGGGUGUGCUGGCUGCCCAUCCACGUCUUCAACAUCAUCCGUGACAUCGACAUCGACCUCAUCGACAAGCAUUAUUUCCUGCUCAUCCAGCUGCUGUGCCACUGGUUUGCUAUGAGCUCCGCCUGCUGCAACCCUUUCCUCUACGCCUGGCUGCACGACCGCUUCCGUGGGGAGCUGCGCAAGAUGUUCUCCUGUGAGCCACGAAUCCUCCCUGCCAGCCACUGUGCUGCUGCUGUGCUCUGAGCUUGGCUCCGGCACUGGGGUGUUGUAGUCCUGAAUGAAUGAAAUAAGGCCCUGGGAAAGCCAGGAGGAGUUUGGUUGGGUUGUGAUUAGCUGCCUGUCGUGUUAAUUUAAUAGUAUGACUUCCAUUAAAUCCAG